GGACUCAUCACUCAUCAAACUGUGGUGUGUGUGUUGGCCAGUUCUGAGAUCUUGAAGCUCUGCCCAGAGGAAGAAGACAACAGCUGUCUUUGCCAAUUAGAGAAUGGACCGUUUGGGUUCCUUUAGCAAUGAUCCCUCUGAUAAGCCACCUUGUCGGGGCUGCUCCUCCUAUCUGAUGGAACCUUACAUCAAGUGUGCUGAAUGUGGGCCACCUCCUUUUUUCCUCUGCUUGCAGUGUUUCACUCGAGGAUUUGAAUACAAGAAACACCAAAGUGAUCAUACUUAUGAAAUAAUGACUUCAGACUUUCCUGUUCUUGAUCCCAGCUGGACUGCUCAAGAAGAAAUGGCCCUUUUAGAAGCUGUGAUGGACUGUGGCUUUGGAAAUUGGCAGGAUGUUGCCAAUCAGAUGUGCACCAAGACCAAGGAAGAGUGUGAGAAGCACUAUAUGAAGCAUUUCAUCAAUAACCCUCUGUUUGCAUCUACCCUGCUAAACUUGAAACAGGCAGAAGAGGCAAAAACUGCAGACACAGCCAUUCCAUUUCAUUCUGCAGACGACCCUCCUCGGCCCACCUUUGACUCCUUGCUUUCUCGGGACAUGGCAGGAUACAUGCCAGCGCGAGCAGAUUUCAUUGAGGAAUUUGACAAUUAUGCAGAAUGGGACUUGAGAGACAUUGAUUUUGUUGAAGAUGACUCGGACAUUUUACAUGCUCUGAAGAUGGCUGUGGUAGAUAUCUAUCAUUCCAGAUUAAAGGAGAGACAAAGACGAAAAAAAAUUAUAAGAGAUCAUGGAUUAAUCAACCUCAGGAAGUUUCAGUUGAUGGAACGGCGGUACCCCAAGGAGGUUCAAGACCUUUAUGAAACAAUGAGGCGAUUUGCAAGGAUUGUGGGACCAGUAGAACAUGACAAGUUCAUUGAAAGCCAUGCACUGGAAUUUGAGCUUCGAAGGGAAAUCAAGAGACUCCAGGAGUAUAGGACAGCAGGCAUCACCAAUUUUUGUAGUGCCAGAACCUAUGAUCACCUGAAGAAGACGAGAGAGGAGGAGCGCCUUAAACGCACGAUGCUCUCUGAGGUUCUCCAGUACAUCCAGGACAGUGGGGCAUGCCAGCAGUGGCUCCGCCGGCAAGCUGACAUUGAUUCUGGCCUGAGUCCGUCUGUUCCGAUGGCUUCAAAUUCAGGUAGACGGAGUGCACCACCGUUGAACCUCACUGGCCUCCCUGGCACAGAGAAGCUAAAUGAAAAAGAAAAAGAGCUCUGUCAGAUGGUGAGGUUGGUCCCUGGAGCCUAUUUAGAAUACAAAUCUGCACUCUUGAAUGAAUGUAACAAGCAGGGAGGCUUAAGGCUGGCCCAGGCAAGAGCACUCAUCAAGAUAGACGUGAACAAAACCCGGAAAAUCUAUGAUUUCCUCAUCCGAGAAGGACACAUCACUAAAGCCUGAGAUUCUGACGGGCUGGGGUCAGAAGCCAGACAUUUGGAAUGUGGUGGUUCACAGGACCGUGUGGGCCCCGAGUUCCCCAUGUGAAAAGCGGCGGAAGGACAAAGAAACCCUGAAGACAUGUUAAUAUCCACUAUCUUCUCCACCCCGCUUUGAAACACUCCUGAUGUCGGUGUUGUGCUGCAUAUGCUAUUAUUAAAUGUGAGUGGGCACUCAUUCCUAGCACCUCUUGUAACUAAAACCAGAACCAUAGUACCUCACAUCACAGUGCUGGUAGAAGUAAAACCAAACCACAGUCUUUGGUCAAGAGUCCAGCUCAAAUCCCUGUACUUGAAAUCCAAGUUGGUCUCUUACCUGUUUUGCCUUCAGACUUCAGACAGAUUUUAAAUAAAGAGAAAGGUUUUUAGAGCAUGAGAAAGCUGUCUUUCCAAGGAUUUUUUUUAAGCUGACAACUUAUAUUUAAGAGCAGAGGGGAGGAAGGUCUCCCCAUGCUGGUCUUAUCCAAGCUGCAUUUUUAACUGUAAUGUCUGGCUUUGUACUUCCCAGUCUAGCUGUCUGUUCUGCAGUAGACUUUUGAGGAGGUAGCACCAGAUAUGAAAUGUCUGUGUUAUUUUUAGAAUUAAUGGAUUAAAAUGUUUUUGCGAUUUAA